GUCACCCCAUUUGUUUGCUGUUGUUUAACAAAAUCAAGACUAGAUUUUUACAGCAUCAUCAAACACUCUCCCCAAAGUUCUCCUCCUCUUUUACCAUCCAAACAAAAUUGUUGUUCCAAAAUUGAAAAGAUAAGUUUGCCAGAAAGAGAUUUUCGAUUUAAAGCAAUGGCAACGAAUGAAGCGAACGUGUGCAUUCUUGAUCGUAGUACAAUUAUGGCACCUUGUGUUAACAUCCCAGAGGAUGUGAAGGUACAAAGUGGAAGCAGUUUGUCCAGAACAAAGACAGCAUAUGUGAACAAUUCUAGACAAGGUAAGAACGAUGCUGUUGUAGGUUUUCAUGAUCAUGGUGCACUUGUAGAUGACGUCAAAAAGCGAGUUAGGUGCAAUUAUUGUGGAAAAGAAAUAGAUAGUUACUAUCUUCUUAAGUAUCACUUAGGAGGAAUGCAUGAAUCUGUAGUACCUUGUGUUAAAGUUCCAGAGGAUGUUAAGUUACAAAUGAGGAACAGUUUGCCUAGAACAACGAUAACACAUGUGAACAAUUCUGGACAAGGUAAGAAUGCAGCUAUUGUAGGUUCUCAGGAUCAUGGUUCAUUUGUAGAUGGCGUCAAAAAGCGAUGCCUUGUGUUAAAGUCCCAGAGGAUUUUAAGUUACAUAUGA